AUGUCGGCUCUCUGGACGAGGAAGACUCGUCUCGGCAAUCUAUCCACCAUUACAUCAAACUACAAAUUGACUCCUCAUCACUCCAACCAGAAACGGAGAGGAGGAGAUGGACUCAAACGUCACCACUGUCAGCUCUGUGACAAAUCCUUUAAAGCAUGCUGGUAUUUGAAGAUUCAUCAGAGAGUUCACACUGGAGAGAAACCGUACAGCUGUGACCAGUGUGAGAAAGCGUUCACUACAUCAGGUGACCUAAGAAUCCACCAACGUGUUCACACUGGAGAGAAACCCUACAGCUGUGUACAAUGUGGGAAAGCUUUCACUCAAUCAAGUCACCUAAAAAUCCACCAACGUGUUCACACUGGAGAGAAACCGUACAGCUGUGACCAGUGUGGGAAAACAUUCAUUUCAUCAGGUGGCCUAGAAAUGCACCACCGUGUUCACACUGGAGAGAAACCGUACUGGUGUGACCAAUGUGGGAAAUUUUUCACUAGUUUUAGGAGCCUAUAUGUCCACAGACGUGUUCACACGGGAGAGAAACCAUACAGGUGUGACCAGUGUGGGAAAACAUUUGCUACAGCAGAUGAAUUAAAAAAGCACUAUCGUGUUCACACUGGAGAGAAACCUUAUAAGUGUGACCAAUGUGGGAAAGCAUUCACUACAUCAGGGAACCUGAAAGUCCACCAACGUGUUCACACUGGAGAGAAACCAUACAACUGUGACCAAUGUGGGAAAGUUUUCACACAAUCAAGUGAACUAAAAAUCCACCAACGUUUUCACACUGGAGAAAAACCGUACAGCUGUGACCAGUGUGAGAAAACUUUCUUUACAUCAGGGAAACUAAAAAUCCAUCAACGUGUUCACACUGGAGAAAAACCCUACAGUUGUGACAAAUGUGGGAAAGCUUUUACUGCAUCAGGUGAACUAAAUAUCCACCGGCGUGUUCACACUGGGAAUAAACCGUACUGGUGUGACCAAUGUGGGAAAGUUUUCUCUAAAUCAAGUACAUUAAAUGUCCACCAACGUGUUCACACCCGGGAUAAACCAUACAGCUGUGACCAAUGUGAGAAAACCUUUACGCAGUCUGGUAACCUUAAACGCCACCAACGCAUUCACACUGCUUCGGUUUAAACAUUUUUCAGAUCCAAACAAGCUGUUUCCUCUUGCCCUGAUAGCUGUGUUGUUUUAUUAGCAAGCAUAGUGUUAGCUCAGGCAGGCAAUGAAGUCAAGCUCUGCUCUCAAUCCCAGCCCCAUCAGCUGAUUCCUCUCUUAGCAUUAGUUGUUAAAUAAGAUACCUUAUAUUCAACUUAAGCUGCUAUAGUCUGCUUGCCCUUGCUGCUUCUUCUGCAAGCACCUCAGAAGCACCAGACAAGAAACUGUUUCAGCCGCUGAUCCUCGAGGCCCAGCCCAGCAGCCCACUCCACAGUGGAUAAUCAUCCUGACAACUGGUCCAGGAUCCAUUAAUCGCUCGCCAGCACAAACUAUAUCCAAGACCUGGCAAGUCAAGUUUUCCUGGCACAGCUGGCUGUUUUCCUCCCCGGGUGCAGGCCUGUGACGCCCGGCGAUUACUUCCCUCUGGCAGCAUCUGAGGUAUCACUGUCCCUCAGAGAUCGCUGUGAAGAGCAGUUCCAGUCUCCUCUGUGGGUUCCUUUUGUUCUUUGUCCUGCCACAAUCUCUCCCUGAGCUGAGAAAAGCUCUGGGGAAACAUCCCCACACCUUCCUGUCAAAUAGUUGAUUGCAGGAUUGGUUCAGGGGCCUGACUUGGUUGCCAAGUGUCAUUUUUUUGUAAAAAUUAAAAGUCACAUUAAUUAUUUUAAUGUAGUAAGCUAACGCUAAAGCCUCGAAUGUACUCAAAGCGGACGCAUACACGGACAUCUGAGGACACAAGGGACUACUUCUAAACUACUGUCAGGUCGGCGGACUCGCUCCACACAUGUGUGUUUGUUUUUGGGGACUUUCCAUUUAGGCACGUGGAAGGGAGAUCCCAGAACAGAGCCAAACUUAACGCUUCUUUGAUGAAAGUUGUCCUGACUGAACUGAUUUUCUCUACAAACUGAGGGGGAGACAACAGUAACUUUAUAUUCUGAUCAGCAUGUAUGUUAUCGUGGCUGCGACUACGUACUGUGCUGCCCCUCUCACCAUAAUCCUGUUGUCGUCACACACAAAGAGGCCACACCUCCAACCCCCGUCCAGGAAGAAGUGCGUUUUAAGGAUUCCUGAUCUACUUGGCCUUUUACUUUCCAAAGAAAAAAAUAGCUACUUUGUUCUUUAUGUAAAUUUGUUGAAUGUUUAUGAGCCAUCUCUUUAUUCAUGUAGUUUAGUUUUCAUCCCACCUAAAAUUUACUUUUACUGUUCUUGUAAUUCAUGCAAGAAAAUAUUGCUAGCACUUUUCAACCUUCACUACAAUGGAGUAUUUUCUCACAGUCCAUUAAUCUGUCAUGUUAUCGCUCAGGUAUUUUCAAACUGCUUGUUUUGUCCAUCUUUAAACCUUUAAAACUGUUCAGUUUAUUAUCAAGUAAGACAAAGAAAAGAAGCAAGUCUUCAUAACUAAGAAACUGGAAUCACAAUAUAGUCGAUUACGAUUGUUAAUCAAAACAAAUCUUCUGCCAAUGCAGGGCUCUACAGUGCAACCAUUUUGCUCGCAUAUGCCCCUAAAAAUCAAAUGUGUGAACCGGAAAAAUGAUUUAUGAGCACAAUGUGCAAGUAACUUACCAGAAAGAUUUCCACUGCUGCAACGUUCCCCUGGUUUUACUGAAGUUAUUGUAAUACUAUUCAGUAGUCUUGUUUAUAUCAGGUGUGUAGUGGGUUGUGUGGGUGCUGCUGGUGGAUUGUGAAUCCGUCCCUGGUUCAAAAACUACACAAGCACCAAUUACAGUAACGUUUAUUGUGAGUGUUUUAAAAGCUUUUUUCAGUGUAUCAAAUUUUCAAAACAUCUGUUUCAGUAUUUUAGAAAUCCUUUACAAAUUAUUAAGGCCGAUGCCGAGUGACCAGAUAACAGGGUCUUCACUUCCGUACUCCUCCAAUGGUUUCACCCCAUAGUUGAACACAAGGAGAAAGACAACACACGUAGAAUUAAUAUGUAUAUAAUCAAUAGUUUGUUUAACUCUGUUACUUGAACAUUCUGCUGUGCUCCAAAAAAGGUUAGCGUAGAGCCCUGCAAUGGAUCGGGCUCAGUUGUCAUCUCCUCGGAGGAGGUUUACUUCAACUGUAAGUGUACUUCUGCGUCAAAUCGACGGCAUAGGGGGCUACGCCGUCGCCUGACAUGCAUGUCCUCAAAAAUUUAGCUACACGCCGAGUCGACGGGGACCAUAAGCUCUGUGAUUGGUCGGCUGGGUAGCCUCGCAAUGCCGCUAAACUAACGGAGCGCUAAGAAUAAGUAUAAAUGCCUGGCUACGUGCGUAGACCCUACGCAGGAGUAGAAAUCAAGCUUAACUCUUCCCCUCCUGCAGAGCCUGAAUCGGCUUUUUUGACACGCCGUUUCAUUUCCUCGUUCAUACUGUGUCGAUCUCAAAGCUGCAGAUCAUUGGCAGAAGGAAACAAAACGAUCUAAAUCAUGGUUGUAUUAGUUUGUUACCCACACAUGGUCUUCCACAUGACUGCUUUUGGACAGAGGCAGCGAUCUGUGGACAUUGCGAGUCACCCUCAGAAUUAAAUAUAUGGGUGAUGCUGUCCUUCAUUUGACUCUGUGGACAUUAAGGCAGCUGUCAGGUUGUCAGGCUAAAACAUUUACUGUGGGCUACAACUUCAGUAAUCACCGUUUAAAUCAAACUAAUCUGUAUUAAGCUGUAACCUAAAUGAACAGUCAUCUGUCAUGUUGUGAUUAGUCGCACUGAUUGGAUCGUAGUUAUCAUGCUGGAGCUGAUGUGAAUGUUUCUGAGUGAGGAUGACAGGGGUGCAGUUGGAACAAAUAAAGUGAGUUUGUUAAUAUUAUCUGCUUAUAGUCUUAAUGUGUUUUGACCAAAUUUUAUUAAAUAUGAAAUGAGCAAGAUUUUUAAAUGUAAACUAGAAGUCUAAAAGUCAGUUAGACACAUUUUCCACAGAAAGAAAAUAAUGAAUAGCCUGCUGUGUGGGACUGUGGCUUUACAAUCACAGGUCCAUGAGUAAACUGUGUCUAACGUUGUAGUGCAUGUAUUCUACAUAUACGUCUGUAGCAUUAAAUGUCUUAUCUGUUUCUCUGGGUCAGACUCUGUAAUCGCCCUCUGGUGUAUGACACUCUUUUAAUAAAUAUCACAAAGACAA